GAUAAGUAUAAUUUACGACACGUGGCACCAGUUGUCUUAUUAUUAAUGUACUCAUUAUUAGGUGCAGUAUUUUUUUGGUGGGUUGAACGAGAAUAUGAACAGGAAUUGAUCAAGCAAGAGAAACUAUUUCUCGAUCACUUGAGAAACGACACGAUUUCGAGAUUAAAACGAUUACUCCUGAAAAGUAUUUUUUACAGGAAAAUAUUAUUGUGGUACGAAAGUCAGUUAAUAAAAUUGAAAAUGACAAAAGGUUUAGAAUGGGAUAUGUGGGGCGCACUUUUCUAUGUUGGCACUAUUCUCACUACAAUUGGGUACGGUAAUAUCGCACCUCGCACAUCUGGUGGACGUGCAUUAAGUAUUGUAUACGCAAUUUUUGGUAUUCCGCUUGUACUUGCAAUUUUAAGUGAAUUUGGUAGAAUGUUUACAACUUUUGUGAGCAACCAACGUAUUGCAGAAACAAGAAAACGUCAAAAAUUAUGGGAUAAAAGACGACGAAAUUAUGUUAGGACAAUCCCAAUAUGGCUUGCGUUAUUUAUCUGCAUUGGAUGGAUUUGCAUAUGCGCAGGUUUAUUUUGCCUUUGGGAAACACACUGGUCUUACUUUACUUCUCUUUACUUCUUCUUCAUAUCCUUAUCUACCAUCGGUCUUGGCGAUGUGGUGCCAGACCAUCCACAUAUGUUAAUAUUAAUGUUUUGGCUAGUAAUUAUCGGUCUAUCUAUUGUUUCAAUGCUUAUAAGUGUAAUACAGAUUAAGUUUGAAGAAUGGCUUUAUCAUUUGAUGAUUCGAAUGCAAGUAAGCUUUUUAUGA